AUGGUGGGCACAGAAGCAAAGGCGCUGUCGUCGGCGCAGUGCAUACUGUUGACGGUGCACUACGCCAGCGAGGCCAACAUCCGCGCACUGCACGCCUUCACGCCGCUGCGUCUCGAUGUGCUGUCGCCCGAGCUGGUCUUGCGCAUUGUGCUGAGUUAUAUGCCAGAGACACUCGACCCUACCCUGUACACGACCUAUGUUCGCGAGGUCGCCACACGCAUCUACCUGGAGCAGCGGGAACCUCUGGAAGUCGACACGGCACCCGUGGCCUCUCUGUCACCCGACCAGGCCCAAGGGCGCGUCAACAAGCUCUCCAUCGCAGACCUCAGUCCGCCGGCAUUCCCUCCUCAUGCGCCCAACGACCUGUUGACUCGUUUCGUCGUUCACCGAGCAAACCGCAUCGACAAUGAGACGGGCCUCCUCGCUCUGGUGCCACGCCUGGCAGAGCCCUUCCUCGACACCAACGACUUCCUGCGUACUUGGUACGUCUCGGUUGUCCUGCCUCUGCUGCGCCUCCGCUACGACUACUACCCCGACAACAAAGACCCACCAACUCUGUCUGCUUUCGAGAAACUAGACGGCCAGCAAGGUAUCGACCUCUUGCUUGACAACGUAACCAACCUCGAACACGAGAUUACCUCAGCCACCGGCUCGGAAGGUCUAGUCGCUAGAGAUACAAGAGCCAUGGUUGGCCCCUGGAUGUACGGCCACACCGAACGCAAGAGACGCCGUCUUGACAACAAACAAUCAUCCAAGCCCACCGAACAAGACGUCGUCCGCUCCCCUCCACGCACUGCUUUUAUCAAACUCGAUGGUGUAUCCAAGGACGACAAGACGGGUCACGACUGGGAAUACGUCUUCGAAUGGAUGGUCCACAAUGCCGUAACAAACUUCCCGCUUGUCACCAACCUCAUCGAAGAAUGGGACGGCCCUGGAGAUGUUGAUCUAGGCGGCUUUCACAACCCUCAAGACUAUCUCGAUGACGAUACCCAAUCCAAGCUCGAACGCCAGUAUGCACAGGCUGCCUUUGCUUCUUGCUACGCUGCAGAAGCCGAUAGUCCAGAGACCAUAGACGGCGCUCAUGGAAUUCUUGUCCGCCUGGCUCAAUUGCUUGACUUCGAGCCUCCACCAGAACUCGCCACUAGUGUCAAACAGCUACCCAAGGUCGACAAGCACGCCGAGCUAUUACAUGCCACCGACUCAACCAUAUAUCUCGAACCAGAUGUCCUUUUGCGUCCCGAGCAUCCUCUGGCCACUCCCAAACUCGAAACCUACAUGCUUCUACAAAUGACGGUCUAUUCGGCCUAUCAGCUCUCCGGCCUAGGCCACAGCAUCUCAAUACUCAACGUUGCAAAAUUGCGCUUCUUCUCCGACCAGGACGAGCAAUUAGCUCUCCUGCUCAAGAUUUUGCACGGUUUGGCUGCUCGAGGGAAGCGCGACGAGCAGCAAUGGCAGCAUGACCAUGACAUACUGCUUUGGCUGUGGAACUGGAACAUUGAACUCGAAGACCAAGGUCGCAAAGGUGCUGGCAUCUUUGGCAGAAUUGAAAAGACAGUCAUUGAACGCGAAUUACUCAAGCACGGCGUUCCCUUCCAGCCCGUGAAUAUCCGCGCUAGCUUGGAUCCUCUGUCGCUCCUUCCCAAGCUGCUCGAGCAGAAUGCCAAUAGCUACACAAAACUCGAUGACCUCAUAGGAAUUGGUCGCAACCUGAUAGCAGCUGGUCUACCACUUCGCAAUGCCGAUGGCGAUCUCAUCGAUAGAAGUCUAGAAUCGGACGUCGACAAGCAGACCAAGCUUUCGGUCGCUGAGAAGAGGGUCAUCUACAUGUGUGUCGAGGCGUCACUCACGGUCGGCGACUUUGAGACUGCAUACUCGUAUGUCGUCAACAGACUGGCUCCUCAAGACACCAUCCCAUCAUCAACGACAGAGGAGCACUCAGGGGUGCAAGAAGACGAUGUGUCCUGGAGAGCAGCCUUCCUCGCCGGCCGCUACAGACCACAAUCAAACGCCCAACCCACCCUCCGCCGUCUAGAUCAACGCACCGAACUCCUGAGUUUAGCCCUCCUCCUCGCCCCUCCCGCCUCCCUCUCCGAAGUCCUCAAUAUAUGGCGCCGCUGCGAAGAGGAGACCAACGCUCUGCUCGCCGCAGAAACAGAAGCAGAAGAAGACUUUGACGACCGCGCGGACAAACGCAUCAGCGUGCCUGGAGGCUUCGCAGACGUGUCAACCGAGGGCAUGGUAUUCGGACAGCCCCGCCGUGAAGUCGGCCGCUCGAAUGCAGAGGCCAGACGCGGCGCCGACGAAGAAGCCCCCAUGGGCCUAUUCGAUGUGGCCCGGGGCGCGGCAAAGGCGUUCAGUAGGAAUGCAUUCCCCUUGCGUGGUGGUGCUGGUGCGAGUGCAGCAUCGCAACAACAGCAAUCCCAGAUGUAUGUACAACAGCCAGACUCGACCGGUGAGGCAGUGCAUGAAGGCAUGGACGAUGCUGGUAGAGUGCGCAGGCGAGACAUGAUUGCCAACACCGUGACCGGUGGUCUGGCGUCUGGAAUCGGAUGGAUGUUGGGUGCCACGCCGGUGGACAGGGAUGCAGAGGAUCGGCGAUGA